UAAGUUUGUUUUAUGCAAAACAAUUUUACUGCCACGUAUAUUUCAGAUGCUGAGGAGAUGAACGCGUGUGACGUAUGUGGUCACGUGUUCCGCCAGAAGUCAAACCUGAAGCAGCACAUGCGCAUUCACACCGGAUAUAAGCCUUACACGUGCGAUGUGUGCGGAAAAGCGUUCAACAGGCGGACCAACCUCAGAAUACAUGCUCUUACUCACUGUGACAGCAUUGAUCAUCUUCUUGGUGCCGACGACGAGAACACGUGCAAGAUUUGCGGUCACGUGUUUCGCUUGGAGUCAAACCUGAAGCAGCACGUGCGCAGUCACACCGGAUGUAAGCCUUACACGUGCGAGGAAACAGAGGCAUACAAAGCUUCAAAGAAAGCUCCACUAAAUCCCAACGACCUUGGACCAGGGAAGCACAACCGAGCGAAACUACAUCUUGCUGCUUUGCAUUCCGUGGCAAAUGCAAACCGCAAGCAGGCUGAGACCAGACAGGGGGAAAAAAGAUACAGACUCUCCUAUCCUAAGUACAAGGCUGGACACCAUGUGGUUAAAGCAGUUAAAGAGAAUUGCACUUAUGACUAUGUUGAUGAACUAAUGGCAGAGCUGCUUAGGAUGAAAGAGGAGUACAAGAGCGAUGCCAAUGCAAGGGCUGCCUCUGGCAACAUUCUGUUUUCACCGCCACCCCUGUCUUCAUCUGCAAACAGAAUCCUGAAGUCAGAGGCUGUGCAGAACCAUCACAAGAACGCCUGUUCAUUCUGCGGCAAGCAGUUCCCAUCGAAAGCCUCUCUGGAGAUGCAUGUGAGGGUCCACACUGGAGAUAAGCCAUUCCAGUGCAAGAUGUGCAGCAAGUGCUUCACACAGAAGGCCUCCAUGAAGUCACACAUGUUCAAUAAAUUUCACGUCUGCCUGGUGUGUAACAAGGUGUUCCCGUCCGCCUCGAAGCUAGAAACUCACAUGCGGAUCCAUACCGGAGAGAAGCCGUUCGAGUGCCCGGAGUGCGGGAAACGCUUCAACAAGAAGAGUAGCAUGAAGUCCCACGCGUUUGUGGUGCACACGAGGAUUUAAAGUGCGAUGUAAUUUAGCCUUGCUCAUGGAAAAAGAAGGAGAUUGAAAGUACGAUGUAAUUGUUGAAAUUGUGCAGUCAGCACAGGUAAAUCGGGCACGACACUUUAUGCUUUUAUUUUAUUUUUGGUUAAAGCUUUAAUCACUGAGCAUUGAGCGCGAAAAAAGAUAUAGUUUACCCAGCGUAAUGUGUGGGGUACAUAUACAAGUGAUGUGUCGAGCACAUGAUUGG